AUGGUAUCUGAUGUUAACACUGUUAACCAGGGAGGUCAAAGUGCAUCAUGUUUAUCACAGGUAUCUGAUGCAGAUGUGUCUAAAAGGAAUGUAUAUGAACCUCCCAUAGCAAGCCCGUCUGAUUGUGGAGCGAUAAAGCACAGAAGUCAAAGCAAUGAUCCAGAUGUACAACAGGUAACAUGUGCAAACAUGUUGAAAACAAAACUUCCUAGUGUGUCAUGUACUGCUGGUCCAUCCAACUGUCAAGCAAACUACGUAGCCAAAAGUGUUGAGUCAUGUUCCACUCAGGUACCGUAUGCAGACAUUGGAAAGAACUGUAGUGAUGUAAAUGUAUCAGGCUCUUCUCAACAUGAAAAUGUAAACACUGCAUACCAGUCAGGAGAACAAAGUGUGUGUGCCUCACGCAGUCAAGCAUCUCUGAAAUAUGGACGAUCCAGAAACAAGCAGUGCACCUGUAACUCACUGACAUUUCUAGCAUUCCUGUAUGAGAAUGAAAACAUCACCAGAGCAGACCUAGACCGUGUUUUGGAUAAAGGCAAUGUGGUGUAUAAACAAGUCAGAAAAACAGUUCGUAAUCACAUCCAUCUCACAACUGAUGAGCUGCCUAAGUGGGUACCUGCACGCAGUCACAUGCAGAGAGUUGACAUGUUACAGCUGUCUAGAUACGGUACAUUUGGAGAUCCGGAUCCCGGAGCUGUUGAUACCUUUCUGGAGCUCGAGAUGGGACUGAGCUGCUUAUUAUCAGAUGUGCAGUAUGCUUUGCUGCUGAUGGCUUCACUGUGCAUUGCAGUUUUCAGGACCAGAAGUGGCAGAUAUGGUUUCUUUGACCCACAUGCUAGGACACCUCAUGGUUUGCCUCGACUCCAGCCUAGAAGUACUCCUGGCACUGCAGUCAUGGUCACAUUUACACGACUCAGUGACAUGAUUCACAGGUUGAUCAGUUAUCACCACAUAUUGUCGACCCCAGAGUCCUGUAAGUAUGAGCUGAAACCAGUUGUGUUUUAUGAUGUGAACCCAAAUGAUGAUAUCCCAGCCACUGAAGGUAUGUGUACAAGUUCCUCUGUAAUAACCACUGUGAUAAAUGAUGACACAAGUGCUCCACAGAUGAACACUGAUGUUCAUGAAAACACUGAGCAUGACAUGGAAACUGAACAGGAACAACUGAUGGAGUUCAGCCAGUGUUCUGUCACAUUAACUGGACCUGAAUCUCUUGCUCCACAGAUUAACACCACUGUAACUGAUGACUCUCAUGACCUCUCAACCCUGAUUGAAACACAAGCACAUCAACCUGAGCAAAUCAGCAAUAACUCUUUCAAAUUACAGCAAAUUCAGGACACACAAUCAAAUUUCACACAAGCAUUAAUAAAUAACCCUGUCACCAGUGACAAUGUCCUCAAUGAUAUCUCCAGUACACUGUCAAAACUGAACAAAGCACAAAAGAAAAAAAUUCUGAGGAGAGUAAUGACACCUCAAAAGACACCACAAAAGAAAGACAAUCAAAAAAGGAAAGAGAGAGAAAAGUAUGCCAAGGAUGAAACAUAUAAAGCAAAGAAAAAAUGUUAUUCAAUGAGCAGAUAUUCUGUCAAUCCUGAAAUACAGACAAAGAAAAGACAAAAUAUCAGGAGUAAAUACAGGGAAAGCACAGACUUCAGACUGAAGCAAAAAUUAUACAUGACAAGGAAAUACAGAGAAAAUGUGGAUUUUAAAAACAGACAAAAACAAUAUAUGAACAAAAAAUACAGAGAAAAUGUGGAUUUUAAAGACAGACAAAAACAAUAUCUGAACAAAAAAUACAGAGAAAAUGUGGAUUUUAAAGACAGACAAAAACAAUAUCUCAACAAAAAAUACAGAGAAAAUGUGGAUUUUAAAGACAGACAAAAACAAUAUCUGAACAAAAAAUACAGAGAAAAUGUGCAUUUUAAAGACAGAAAAAAACAAUAUAUCACCAAAAAAUACAAAGACAAUGUUGAUUUUAAAGCCAGACAAAAACAAUAUAUCACUAAAAAAUACAAAGACAAUGUUGAUUUUAAAGCCAGACAAAAACAAUAUAUCACUACAAAAUACAAAGAAAAUGUUGCUUUUAAAGCCACACAAAAACAAUAUAUCACUACAAAAUACUCAGAAAAUGUUGCUUUUAAAACCAGACAAAAAGAAUAUAUUAGGAAAAAAUACUCAGAGGAUGUAAAUUUCCGGCAAAGACAGCGAUCCUUUAUGCAUCAUCGAUAUGCAAAUGAUAUAUUCCGCCACCAACACAGACAGCUGAUGAGACGAAUGAUGCGAGACAGGUACAAGAAAAAUCUUGCAUACAGGACUAUGCAUAAAACCAGAUGUGCAUUGAAAAUAUCACAGAAAUAUAAAGCCAUAAGUAAACGAACACGUCAGACUGACAGAGAGAGUGAAAACCCACUUAUUGAAAGUGCCAUCAGUGAUUUCCGAUCACACAUUAAAGCUGGUCCCACCCAUGUUUGCACAGUUUGUCACAAAGCCUCAUUUCCAAACCAGGUGCAAAAGUGCAAAAGGUCCAACUAUGUGAAAAAUCCAAUCAUGGUUUCAGCUUGUCUCAAAGGUCAGUAUGUCCAUGAGUGUAACGAUAACUGCAGAAAUCAGUGCACUGUCCCUGAUGAGAGAAAGACUGAGUGGAUUUGUCACACCUGCCAUAACCAUGUGAAAAAUGGAUCCAUGCCCAAACUUGCCAUAGCAAACAACUUGGAGCUUGCUGACAUUCCACCUGAGCUGUGUGACCUCAACAUACUGGAGAGACAUCUGAUAGCAAAGUGCAUAACAUUUGCCAAAAUCAUUCCUCUUCCCAAAGGCAGACAGAGAGCUAUACAUGGUAAUGUUGUAUGUGUUCCCUCUGAAGUCCAGGAAACAAUUCAUGCUCUACCCAGAUUGAGAAAUGAGUCUCAGGUGAUGAGAGUAAAACUGAAGAGACGUUUGAGUUACAGAGGCCACCAUCUGUUUCAGACUGUUACCUGGUCCAAGCUAGUGCAAGCUCUGCAUAAACUCAAAGAGAUACACCCCCAGUAUGAAGACAUAACUAUCAGAGAUGAGGAGGAGUUAUGUGACCCCACACUUCCUGAUGAUGGUUAUGAGGAUGAGGAUGAAGACGAUG